CACCUGAGGAGCGAGGCUAAGGAAUCAGUUCCCAUCACGAUCCACCCCGGUGCCGGCUGUCCAGCCAAGUACCUGCCCAGCUGCGCUCUGGGCGGAAUCAAAAUAAAAUCGCCUGUCCGAAGCCACCACGGAGAUACUCGCGGGCGGCGAGCGGUGCCCCGACCCUGAGAGCCCCGGGACGGCCGCUCCCCGGCUCCCGGUGCCCCGACCCUGAGAGCCCCGGGACGGCCGCUCCCCGGCUCCCGGUGCCCCGACCCUGAGAGCCCCGGGACGGCCGCUCCCCUGUUCCCGGUGCCGUGAUCCUGAGAGCCCCGGGACGGCCGCUCUCCCGCUCCCGGUGCCGCGACCCUGAGAGCCCCGGGACGGCCGCUCCCCCUGUCCCGGUGCCGCUCCCCGCUCCCGGUGCCGCUCCCCCUCUCCCGGUGCCGCUCCCCCUGUCCCGGUACCGCUCCCGGUGCGCGGGCGCAGCGGGCGGAGCGGCGGGGCCGUGCCCGGUCGCAGCCGGGCGGGCAGCGCCAUGCGGGGCCCGCGGGCGGCCCUGGCGCUGCUGCUGGCGGCGGCGCUGGCCCCGCGGCCGGCGCGGCCGCACCCGCAGUGCCUGGACUUCAAGCCGCCGUUCCGGCCGCCGCAGGGCCUCGCCUUCUGCCGCCGCUACGCCGAGUUCGGCUGCUGCGACCAGCGCCGCGACCGCGCCCUGCUGCAGCGCUUCUACCGCCUCAGCGCCCGCCUGGACGAGCGCGGGUACGCCGCCUGCGCCGGGCACCUGCAGGAGCUGCUGUGCCAGGAGUGCUCUCCAUAUGCAGCUCACUUGUACGAUGCUGAGGAUCCCUCCACCCCCGUGCGGACGAUCCCGGGACUGUGCCAGGACUACUGCACGCAAGUGUGGCGGGACUGCCGCUCCAUUUUCCGCUCCCUCUCUGCGGACCCGCAGCUGAUUGCACUGGAAAACAACAUGGCCAAGCUCUGCCGCUACCUGUCCCUGGAGGACACCGACUACUGCUUCCCACACCUGCUGGCCAACCAGAACCUGAACCAGAACCUGGGGCUGGUGACGGCCGACGCCGAGGGCUGUCUGCAGCUCUGCCUGGUGGAGGUGGCCAACGGGCUGCGCAACCCCGUGGCCAUGGUGCACGCCAACGACGGCACGCACCGGUUCUUCGUGGCAGAGCAGGUGGGCCUGGUGUGGACCUACCUCCCCGACGGGUCCAGGCUGGAAAAGCCUUUCCUGAACAUCAGCGAAGCCGUACUCACCUCGCCCUGGGAAGGAGAUGAGAGAGGGUUUCUGUGUAUUGUCUUCCACCCUAAAUUCAAAUUUAAUGGCAAAGUCUACGUCUACUAUUCAGUUGAAGUUGGUUAUGAAGAGAGAAUCCGAAUCAGUGAGUUCAGACUUUCUCCUACUGACAUGAAUGCCUUGGACCAUGGUUCUGAAAGAAUAAUCCUUGAAAUAGAAGAGCCUGCUUCCAACCAUAAUGGAGGAGAGCUGCUCUUUGGAGAUGAUGGGUAUCUCUACAUCUUCACUGGAGAUGGAGGCAUGGCUGGGGAUCCUUUUGGCACCUUUGGAAAUUCCCAGAACAAAUCAGCCCUGCUGGGCAAGGUGCUGCGGAUCGAUGUGAACGACAACGACCGCGGGCCCCUGUACCGCAUCCCUCCCGACAACCCCUUCGUGCGCGACCCCGCGGCGCGCCCCGAGGUCUUCGCCUACGGCGUGAGGAACAUGUGGCGCUGCUCCUUCGACAGGGGCGACCCCAACACCAAGCAGGGCAGGGGGCGGCUCUUCUGCGGGGAUGUGGGGCAGAACAAGUACGAAGAGGUCGACAUCGUGGAGAAAGGGAAGAAUUACGGCUGGAGGGCGAGGGAAGGGUUCAGCUGUUACGAUAAAAAACUUUGUGCCAACUCCUCCUUGGACGAUGUGCUUCCAAUUUACGCAUACCCACACAAAAUGGGGAAAUCAGUUACAGGAGGCUACGUCUACCGAGGCUGCGAGUCUCCAAACCUGAACGGCCUCUACAUAUUUGGUGAUUUUAUGAGUGGACGCCUGAUGUCUUUGAAAGAGGAUCAUGCUACAGGAGAGUGGCAGUACAAUGAAAUCUGCAUGGGGACAGGACAAACGUGCAUGUUCCCUGGCCUUAUCAAUAACUAUUAUCAAUACAUCAUCUCCUUUGCUGAAGAUGAAGCAGGGGAAUUGUACUUCCUGUCUACUGGUGUACCAAGUGCCACAGCUCCCCAUGGAGUGGUGUACAAAGUGGUGGACACCUCCAGGACAGCUCCACCAGGAAAAUGCCGAGUUGAGCCAUCGCCGGUGAAAGUCAAAAGCAAGCGCAUCCCGUUUGUGCCAAAGGAGAAGUUUAUUAUGAAAACACCAACACCACAUCCCCGGCUGCAGACCACCACCGAGGCUCCGCGGGGAGGCGUUCCCGGCCCGCAGCCCCCCGGCACGCCGGGGACGCGGCCCGGGGCGGCGGGCACGGCCCGCGGGCCGGGGCGGGGCGCGGAGGAGCGGGGGAAGCGGAGGAGGAAGCGCCCCGAGAACGGCAGCGUGCGGCUGAUGCGGCAGGGCCGGCGGGGCCGCGGCCGCGGCAGGGUGGAGGUGUUCAUCCACGGCGAGUGGGGCACCGUGUGCGACGACGGCUGGAGCUCGGCCGCCGCCGCCGUGGUGUGCCGCCAGCUCGGCUUCCCCUACGUGGUGCGGGCCACCAAGAAGGCCGAGUUCGGGGAAGGGAGCUCCCUCCGCAUCCUCCUGGAUGACGUGCAGUGCUCCGGGCAGGAGAGGACGCUGCUGGAGUGCUCCCACGCCGCUGUGGGCACGCACGACUGCUCGCACGACGAGGAUGCUGGCGUGGUGUGCAGCCGGGAGGAGGUGACAGAGCCGUGACCGGAGAGCUGGGCAGGGCAGCUGCGGGACCUGGAGCGCAUCCCUUUCUCCCCCAGCCCUCCAAACCAGCUGCGGUAUUGGGGAGGAUGUGCUCUGCCUUGAAGAUGCUGCGUUCCUUCAAAGUAAUCUCAUGUUUUCUUCAUGUUCGGCCCCAUGCAUCUGCCUCAGAGGGAGAAAAAAAAGGUGAAAUGAAGCACUGAAUUGAGUAUGUUGAGGGCAGUGGCUGCAUUUCUAUGGGGCUUUUUUUGGUAGGAAGAAACCCCCAAGCAUCAGUCUUCAUAGGCUCUUUUCUUCAGAAAAGAGAUGUGUCCUGUUGUCCUUUCCCAUUUCAAAUUACAGCAUUCUUCAGCUGUGCUACACAAUGUUUUGCCAAAAAAUAAGUUCCCAAAUGACCGUCUUUCACUGUUAUGGAAGCAUUCACGUUGUUUGCCUUGCUUUGCCACCUGCACCUCUGAGCUGGGGUUUCUAAGGAUAUGCAUUCCAAAAUCUGUGCCUUUCUUUGCAAAUUACAAAAGUAUAUAUAUUUUUUAACUUUCCCCUCACUAGUUUAAAGGAAAAUUAUUUUUCUGUAAUUUUUUAUUGGUAUAAACCUCUUGAUCAUCAUGGAUAAGGAAAAUCAAAUUAUUUAGAAGAUAUCGUAGUGUACUGCAUGGAAAAUAUUUCUGCAGUUUACAUUAGCCCAAGUGAAAAGAAAAUCUGACCCCUUUUACAUGAACAGGAUUGAAAAUCUGUCCCUUUUUAGAUGAACAGGAUCAUUAUCCAGUUUAGCUCUGAAUAUACUAUUUAUGUGUUUUUCCACUUUCCCAGACUUUAUGAAGACACAUGUUUUUCAUUCAGGUUUUCACAGUGUGAAUGACUAGACAAGAGGUAAUGCACUGAGGCAAUAAUCCUGUAAUAUUUACCCCUUUUUAGAGGAUAUUAAAAAAAAAAAGCAAACAAAAGCAACCCUAUUUUGUCUGAAAUGUGUUUUUUACCUGAGUGGCGACGGGAGACACAUGUUGUCUUAUGAAAGUAUUUGGCCUGGUUAUUUGUUUUCCCUGGUGUAAUCAGGAUAGGUUUGGUCUUGUUGCUCACACAAGAACAUGAGAAAGACAAAAACCAAGCAAACAAACAAACAAAAACAAAAACAACACCUUAAAUGUAAAAUUACUAGUGUGUCUAGAAAAGUUUACAAGCAAAACCUAUCUGAAACUCUCACUGUGGAUAUUUAUUUUAACCCAAUUUCAAGUUGACAGUAUCUUCUUAAGCCUAAA